AUGGCGAAUUUCAGGCUUUGUCUUUUCACUCUUUCCCUCAUCACAUUAACUGUCAUAUUACAACCAUUUAAUGUAAUUGAUCCGAAAAGUGCAACAGCCGACGUUAAGGGCUUGGCAACGAUAUCGAUUACGUGCGGUACACGUGACGCCGAUAAACUAUACACCGAUACGGAUAAUUUGUACACGAACACGAAGGAUCCAGCACUUCAUAACCUUCUCGAUAACUGCUGGUGGAGAUUUCUGGGGGCACGGGAUAAUAUUGACAGCGCGGGACGGAUGCUUAGUGAUAAAGGGUCGGAUGCGGCGAAGCUAGCUAUUACUCGGUAUGCUAUGCCGAUGAUUACAUAUUGCUCGGACCUUUCCAAGAAGAGCCCAACAGUGGCUGUGCCGAAGAAUAUUAUUGAUGAGAUGAAUGUUGUUAGUAAUGAUUGCCAGAUUAUAUUAGAGAUUUUGAGUAAUUUUUAG